UUUUAAAAUAUAAAAUUAACUAAUUAAAAUAUACAAUAAAUGAUUAAUAUAACAUAAAUAUAAACAUUAUUUUUUAUAUAUUUUUUUAACUCCUUCGACAGAUAGGUAUAGAUUACACAGAUAAUUUUUGAUCUCUCAGCAUUGAACCUUUUAAUAAUGACUUAUAGGUGCCGAAAAGUUGUGUAGCAACAUAACUUCGGUUAUCCUCCUAUUUAAUUCGAUACUCUGACGCAAAUCUCUACCCGCUGAAAUUUAAAUACAUUGAGACUUUCAUGAUGAGUUUAAAAUGUUUAUCUGAUGAUAUAAAACAAGAAUUGACAUUAUCACCUCCUUGGCAGAAGGAAGAUUUUAUACUACAUACUAAAUUUAAACUUAAAUCUUUAAAUAAUGAAGAAAAAGAAAAUAAUUGGAACAAAUUAUCAGAUGAAAUUAUUAUAGCUAUAUUUAAUUGGCUUCCUAAAACAUUUUUAUGCAAAAUAUCUUUAGUUUGUCACAGAUUUUAUAUCUUAAGUCAUGAUGAGAGCCUAUGGCAGUCAAUUGAUUUAAGUAAUAAAAAAUUGUCAAUAUCUACUAUUAUACAUUUAAUUCAUGUGGGAUUGAAAAUUAUUAAAUUAUCACAUACUGAAAUAACAGAAAAAAUUGAUUACUUACCACUAUUAAAUCAAGAAAUAUUUGUAAACACAAACAAAAUCAAUAAAAUAACACACUUGGAUUUGAGCUUUAGUUCCAUAUCUUCCAAAAUUUUAAACAAUAUAUUAGAAAACCAAAUUUCAAUCACUCAUUUAAGUUUAGAAGAUCUAAAAUUGGAUGAAGAAAUAACCAACUUGUACACGAAAUAUAAUUUACAAAUUUUGAACUUAUCACGAUGCCAAAAUCUUAGUUUUAAUAUAAUUCAACGAAUUCUUUUAGCCUCUGAUAGAAUUGUUGAAUUAAAUUUGGCAUGGACAAAUUUAAACACAGAGGAUUUACAAAACAUUUGUCGAUACUUACCAAAAUCAUUAAUAAAAUUAAAUUUAAGCGGAAAUAGAGAAACAUUAAACGAUGAAGACAUUAAAGUGAUUACCGAAAAUUGUAUAAAUAUUCAAGAAUUAGACCUGAGUGAUUGCAAUCAAUUGUCGGAUUCUUCCAUAGUUUACAUAACAAAAAAUUUGCAAAAUCUAAAAAUUCUUGCUCUAAGUCGGUGUUAUAAAAUUGAUCCUAAUAUUUUUUUCCCUCUCAUAUCCAGGCAUGCCAUGUCUCCCCCCAUCAUUGGGAGACUCCCGCAAUUUAUAGUUUACACGCAGACAUCUCUCCCGCAAAACUACCGCAAUUGGAAAUAUCCCGCAAAAAUCUACCGCAAUUUUUUAAUUUCUCCCGCAAUUUUUUUAAAAGUAUUUUAACGUUUUUAAUAUAUAAAUAAUAAUUUUGAGAGACAUUAAUUGAUUAUUUUUAUAUUUUAAAAUAAAUUUUAAAUAUUUAUUCGAAAAACAUGUCUAGUUUGUAAAUAUCUUUCUAUCCUGUUUUAUUUUUAUCAAAUAAUAAAUCUUUCAUUCAUAUAAGUCAGUACAGGGGAGUAUAUAUUGCAAUACAAAAAUAUUCUCAAAAAUAAUAAAUAAUACAGAUGCAACUACAUUUGCGGAAAUUGUAUACAUCUAUCAUGAAGUUCAACAUUCACAGAGCUUCAUCACAAUGUGGGUCGAAUCAUUUUCUCAUGAUAUUUAAAGACUCCAAUAUAAGUGCAAACCUUACUUGUGGCAGAACAAAAAUGAGCAAGGCUAUCACAAGUGUUUUAGUACCUGAAUCCUAGAGGUCAAUUCUAGACGAUUUGAAAGAUGGGCAUCCAUAUGCAAUUCUAACAGAUGCAUCUAAUAAGGGAAAUAUAAAACAUUUCCCCCUUCGCUAUUUCAACAAGAAUAAGAACAUUUCAAUAAAACUGUUGAAAUUUUUUCCUCGGAUAGUGAAAAAUCCAACAAUGUUGCUAGCCACAUAAUGGUAAAUAUAGCUGAUUCAGGAUUAUUCAGCUUUCUGCGCUGAUAAUGCCUUUGUAAAUUCUGGCAAAAACCAAAGUUACCGAAUUGAGGCAGCAUAAUAAUGAAUUAAACCAAUUGGCUGUAUAUACUACAUAAUUCUUGCAAGAUGGCAAUGAAUGUACUAUUUGUGAAUGUCGAAAUAAUUGUGAUGAAAUGUUUUAACGAAGUUCAUCAACUAAAAGAGUUAAUGAAUUAAAAGAGUUGGUGAAGUGGUCUGACUUGGAAUGGUGUGAGUUGUUGCGAUAUAUACCUAUCAGGUGGUUGUCAUUAAUACCUGUCAUCGAUAGAAUUUUAAAAUUUUACAAACUUAAAAAAACUUAUUAAAUAGAGAUUUUAAAAGCUGUAAAAUUUUGAAAAAUUUUUUCGAGUAUGAAAUGGCAGAAGCAUAUUUGGGAUUCGUUUCACAUGUAGGAAAUCUACUUCAUGCAGUUAAUAUUCAGUUGCAAUCAGAAUAUUCUUUAUAAAAAAGAUUCAUAAAAUCAUGCUACAGCUCUGUUCAUCUCUACAGUUAAAAAUUGAUAAUAAAU